CCAAGUAAACUCAUUCAUGAGCAUCUUUCAUCGCAGCUUUCAUCGCAUCUCUCACCGCAUGAUCCAGCUGAUCAUCAACUCAGUCUAACUGGUUUCAGCCUUGACUAAUCGAAUUUACGAAUGACUGCUGCAUUGCAUCAUUCAUUCCCUUGGCUCUGCUUUGGGCCUCAGGCUUGUUUUUGCUGUCUCUCUUGCUUUCGCUCUCGCUCUCGCUCUCUGACUUAUCGCUCCAUCAUCCCCACUCCAUCAUCAUCAUCAUUAUCAGUCAAGUCUCGACUUGAGCCGGAGAGUUAAGUAAGUAGCUCGACUGGUAUCAUUGUUGAUCAUCAUGGCUUUUCAUCAUCGUCACUAUCGUCGUCAUCACGACAGCAGUAGUAGCAGUACUCUGGGUCUGGUUACUCGGUCUGGUUACUCUUUUUCUUCCUCCAUCCUUCUCUGCUUAAUAUUAUUACUCUCCUCCUCGUCGCUGCUCUGUGCCUCCUCCCCUCUCAGGACUCAUGAUCUUUCAUCCCCUGUCAACCCUCUCGAUGCGUUCGCAUUGAUCGCUGAGCCCGAUCCAUCCUCGACCACGUCUGCUACUUUCCCGAACGGGCAAUUGGUCACGCACCCUUUGUCGUCCACAGCCCACCACAAGGUCAGGUCGGUAGCCUUAUCGACCCAAUCGCCUUCGCAACUCGCCGAUUCAGACGUUUCUGCGAGUGUCGGUCAACAGAUGGUGCGCACAACGACCGCAGCGAUUUUCACUCUAUCCUCAUUGAUUGCCUAUGUCGUGAUCAACAGUGUCGCUCGCGCUGUUAAUCCGUCGGCCUUCAUUUGGUACGAGGAGGAUCAGGACGAACGUCGCUGGAUUUCGUCAUCUCCAUCCUGGCUAGACCGGAAGGCUUGCCGCUGGUUCGGCCUAUGUGGGACCGCCCACUUUCGCUUGGUGCGCCCCCGCUUCGGCCACCGCAAGGCCGUCGCGGCGGCUGGCCAAGGGUCCAACGAAGACUUCUCCGCCUGGCGUGCCGCCCAAUUCAAUGACUCCGCCCAUCCCGAGGCCGCUUGGGAUGAGGCGGAACGCUCCCGCCGCGAAAUCCCAGACUAUGUCUUCCAGUAUGCGCCGCUGGUCCAUUUGUUCUCCGAUGAGCAAUUCUGGCCUUGCGACAUCGCCGAACACCUGUAUCAUAUUACACCUAUGCUCAAUUACACCCCCGUCCAAUCGUAUUGGGAUCAUCCCACUUUAAAUGACCUGGAUCGAUUGAACCAGUGGCAGGAUGGGCACAAUGUGUUUCUCACCAGCAACGAUAAUGUCGAGCAUCGACCUUCGUGGAUGGAAGGCGACCAGAAUAUCCCUGACGAUCCUGAUAGUGACCUGGAAAAGUCUUGGCCUGACUGGGAUGCGCGGGUUGAUGGGCCCAUCCCGAAUGACACACCUGGUGACCGAGCGCAGUGGUACGAUUCAGCCCAUGCCCUCCGCGAAGGAGAUGACUUGGAUGGCGGCGACAACGAUGCUGAGUGGUCGCCUGAGAAACUCGGCUAUUUGCGCCCAGAGGAUCUACAACAAGAUGAAGGUUUGCGGGACGAGUUGCGCAAGCGUUUUGGUGGGGAGCCCAUCCAUGUUGAGACUACGGGCGGGCGCAGCAAUGCGCCAGCCAUCCUAUUGGUGAUGGACAAAGGCAACGGCAUUGUGGAUGCCUUCUGGUUCUUCUUCUACAGCUUCAACCUUGGCAACGUGGUGUUGAACGUACGAUUCGGCAACCAUGUUGGGGACUGGGAACACUGUCUUGUGCGCUUUCAUAAUGGCCGGCCCAAGGCCCUCUUUUUCAGUGCCCACUCAGCGGGAGAAGCAUACAGCUACGAAGCCGUCGAGAAGAUUGGCCAACGGCCGGUCAUAUAUUCCGCCCUUGGCACCCAUGCUAUGUAUGCUACUCCUGGCGUGCACGCCUACAUCUUGCCUUGGGGCUUGCUGCACGACCAGACCAAUCGCGGUCCAUUGUGGGACCCGCUCUUGAACGUGCACACAUACACGUAUGACUUCCCCAGCGACAUGCUCCGGGCCUCGACUGUGAGCCCCUCGGCGCCUAUUGAGUGGUUCUACUUCAAUGGGCACUGGGGCGACAAGUUCUACCCGUUGGGCGAUGAGCGCCAGUACCGAUUUGCGGGUCAGUAUCAUUACGUGAACGGGCCUCUAGGCCCGCGCUUCAAGCACCUGAAUCGGCGCAAGGUCUGUCAGCAAUCUGACGACAGUCCUUGCGUGAUUAAAAAUUACAUUGGUGAACAGGCUCGCCCUCGCCGCUGGGCAAGUGCGGGUGUCGAAAACCCGGCUGAGCAUCCGCGUAAUUAGAGGCUGGUGUCGGAUGUCUAUUUCUACUGUUCGUUCUCAUGAUUAUUUCUGCUACUACCAUAUUGGUGGGAUUAUAUACCCCUGCAUGUUAUUUAUCUGCAUGAUUGCAUUGAUGACUGGCGUUCUGUUCGAGUCUGGGCUGGAAACCAACGAACCACGAGGCGAUGAUAGACACGAAAAUCACGGAGUACGUACCACUAACCAUUUGACUACAUGAUAUACAUCGUUGUGUUUGUCCUGGCCGGGGAUCAUAGGUGGUGGAGUCCCGGCCUGGUCGUUGUCAUUAUCUUUGAUGUGUAUUUCGGUCAUUUAGUACAUAUUGCUGUGGCUGGAUGGUUGUGGUGCUGAAUAGAGUUAUUCUACAAAUUUAUCUCUCAAUCAAGAGCAUCAUGCUAAAAAG